AUGGCGAAUAUACGAGUAUUUUGGGCCCAGUUCUAUCGAACUCUUUCUUCGGCGUCAAGGGUACCAGUUGUGACAGCAGAUACGCUGCUAGUCAAUAGCUACAAUGUCAUUGCAAUUAACAAGCCUUAUGGUAUAGCAAGUCAUGAUAAUCCUGGUAUCGGAUAUAACUGUCAUUCUAUCUAUAGAGAAUUAAAUCUCGAUGAUGAUAGCCAACCAGUAUACCUUUCUCAUGUCUUGGAUAGGAAUUGUACCGGAAUUCUUAUUGGCUCGAAGGCUAUCACCGUGGGCAUUCCCAAAGCAAUAAAAGGAACUAUCGAUAUACCAAUAGUAGAAGAUAAAACAUUGAAAAGGGUAAAACUAAAAAUGCAAGAUGAAGGUGCAUCAAAGCAGGAAAUAGCAUACAAAUAUGGCGGUAGGGUCAGGCUUGCUUCUACAAACUAUAAGGUCCUCUCUAAAAGUGAAAUAGGCUGCGCACUGAUAGAAUUUGAAACUAAAACGUACUAUAAAAAACAAAUACGUGUGCAUGCAGCAGAUGCGCUUGGUUGCCCUGUAUUAGGUGAUCAUCAAUACUCUUCGAAAAAAAUCGGUCAUAAUCAAGUUGUCAGCCCUAAAAUAGGUCAAGCCUUGAAUUUAAUUGGUGGAAAUACUAACACUUUGAAAAUGCAUUUACAUCUUAGAAAAGUAACUAUUUCAAAAUGGCCAGCAAGUGGUAAAGUUAUAAAUCUCGCUAUAGUAGCAUCUCCUUCAUAUGAAUUUAUGCAAACUCUUGAAAUGCUUCAACUAAAGUCUCCAAAAAUUAGCUAAAGUUCAAUGUGUAUUUCAUGUCAAUGUAAUAACAUUCAUAUUAACUAUUUUCCAAUGUUACCGCAGUUAUUGUAAUUACAAUAUGCUAGUAAAUAUUAUUGAAA